AUGUCAGUGUGUAAGAUCAGUGAGACACUACUGUUUUUACAUCAGAUAUUUCUGAAGGGUUUGACAGCUCGUCUAGAAAACUGGCCAACACUUGUAUUAGGGGAUUUGUUUGACAUGCUUCUGCCAAUGUUGAGCAUAUAUCAGGAAUAUGUUCGCAAUCAUCACUACAGUCUUCAGGUUCUGGCUGAAUACAAGCAGCGACCAGAAUUUAACAACCUCCUACGUCGUUAUGAAGAGAAGCCUGCUUGUGAAGGUCGCACUCUGGAAACCUUUCUCACAUAUCCUAUGCAUCAGAUACCUCGCUACAUUAUCACUCUGCACGAACUCCUUGCCCACACACCUCACGAACACGUUGAACGACGAAGCCUCGAGUUUGCAAAAAGCAAACUGGAAGAACUGUCCAGGGUGAUGCAUGAUGAAGUCAGUGAAACAGAGAACAUUCGGAAGAACCUGUCCAUAGAACGGAUGAUUGUUGAAGGCUGUGACAUACUCUUGGAUGUUAACCAAACAUUUGUCAGACAAGGGCCUCUGCUACAGGUAAUUCAUGAGAGAGGAAAAUCAAGUCGUGGAAGACUGGGGUCUUUCAGCUCUUCAUUUAAAGAAUCAAAAAAGGAGGUAGUUCGUCAGAUAUUCCUUUUCACAAAUCACAUUCUGCUGACUGUGAGAGCUUCCAAUGGCCGCCUUCAUCUAGCAAAGAACUGUGGCAAGAUUCCACUGACUGACUGCACAUUGGUUGAAGACCCAAGUUCAGAUGUUUUCUUCUUUGAUGAGGAAACUUCUUCCUUGGAUUCCAAUCUCAGCCUUGGCAGUCAGUCGUCUGUCUCAAAUUUGCUGCCAGCACCUCCAAGUGGCUGGGAACAAAGCAAGGCUGUGGAUUACAAUGGUUUAGACUUCCGUCUCAUUGUGGACUCCAAAAGUGGCCCUCCAACCACUUUAUCGCUAGUGGCCUCUACGUUGCAUGAGAAGUCUGCAUGGUGCAGUGAUAUCAGUCAGUGCAUCGAGAACUUACUGUAUAGUGACCUCUUGAACAGCUCCAUGAGUGAAUCGUCUUCAGUUACUAUGCCACAGUCUGUUCGGUCAGAUCCAAAAUUAUUCAGAGAUGAUGUAGAUAUCAAGUUCAGCAGAACUCUCAAUUCCUGCAAAGUACCUCAGAUACGACAUGCAAGCGUAGAGCGUUUACUUGAGCGACUCACUGAUCUCCGAUUUCUGAGUAUUGAUUUUCUGAACACCUUUCUCCUGACGUACCGUGUGUUUACAACAGGGCACAUGUUGUUGGAAUCUUUGAAGAAGGUCUACAAGAAUCCUGAAACUGGGAAUCAAGAGACAGGAGUGAUGUGUCUGAAUGAUAUGGAGAGUGGAAGCCCCCCUCAUACAGAAUUCACCAGUGAGCCUCCUGAUACCAAACUUGUGAUCAAACCUCAUGCAGAGAAGCUUCACAGGAUCAGUACAGGCUGCAUGACUGAAGUGUUACCUGCUGCUUUCCAGAUGAAAGAUCCAGCAAGAGACAUAGCUGGAUAUAUGGCAUAUGCUGAUGUUGACAGAAUGUCACCUGCGGCAAUCAGUUUCAGGUAUGAUAGAAGUGAAUCUCUAGAGAGUGAUGACAGCAGAUCAGAACUUGCCAACUAUCUGAGUCCACCAAAAUGUAAAUUGGCACCAAUUGCAUCAUGUGAAACACUGUGUGAUUCUGAUGUUGUGGAUGUGCCUGCAAUAACUACAGAUGACUCAUCUUCCUCAGGUAUUUUGCUAUCCGAUUAUGAAAUUGGAGAAUCCACGCCAGAUACUUGUGAUAGUAGUGACAGUGAGGGCAAACUUGCCCCACCAGCCAAAGUUUGUGGAAUGGUGCUUACAGACAAUUUGAUUGCUGCCCCUAUUACUAGCCCUAAUACAGUCAGCUCUGCAGCAAGUUCUGAUACUUUAACCCCAGGAACACCAAGAGUCAGCCCAAUACCAUCUUUGUGUGGGAGUCCUAAAAAGGCUACACUUGUGUACAGUAUUAAUGACACUCAGAGUAGUCCAAAGAGGCGGGUGUCAAGUCCAUGCAAGGUGACUGACUCAUCAUUCAAUCUUGAUGCUCUUACUCUGUCCCCAUGCAGUAGCCCUGUCCGACGUCCAGCUUCCUCCUCGCCAGUCCGUAUACCUUCACCAUUAGAUUGUAUCAAAUAUGGAAAAAGUCAUUCUCAAGGUCCUUCACCUAGCCUGUCACCAUCAGCGAGUCCAAAGUUGAGAAGGGCACCAUCACCUAUUAGCUACAGUAACUCUUCACCAAAUAUCAUCGCACCUCAAACUAAGAUUCGACCAUUUUCUGGAAAGCGUGGCAGUGCUGAGGCUGAAUCUAUCAAUAUUUCAACACCCCGUGGCAGUCUUGCACAGGUUGAAGGCUCUCCUCCUCAAGCUAAAGCAGGCACUGUUGUCACAUCUUCACGUGCAUCCAAGAGAAGGUCAAGUUCUUCUGCUGCUACAACUGCUUUUGCUGCGGCCACAGCAGGACUAGCAAGUUGUCCAGUUAGUUCAGCAGCUGAUGACCAAAAGGGUAUCAGCAGAUACCUUAAUCCUGUGUCCGUGUUGAUCUUCAUUCCCCUAAAAAAGCGGGAAUCUGUAAUUUUUACAGCUGCCACCAUGCGAGUUCUCAAUGUGCUGAAACACUGGGUUUCAAAACAUCAACAGGAUUUUGAGUCAGACCUGACUCUGAAAAGUUCUGUAAUGGAGCUUCUGGAUGAGAUGUUGAGCAACAGCAAUCUUCUGCCUACUGAACACAAGGCUGCUGGAUCUAUAUUACGCACAAUUACCAAGGAUACCUCUACCAUGUCACUGGAGGACCUAAACAAACUACUUGCACCACCUGUGGUUCCAUCCAAAGACAACUUUGAUACACUUUCAGCUCUGGAUAUAGCUGAACAGCUUACAUACCUUGAUCACAAAAUCUUCAUGUCUAUAAACAGCGAAGAACUGUUGAGUCAAGCCUGGAUGAAACCAGAUAAGAGCAACAAAGCUGUUCAUGUCCUGCUGGUCAGUAAAAGAUUCAAUGAGGUCAGUAGACUAGUUGUGUCAGAAAUUGUUCACCGUCCUAAUCUGCAAGAGAGGGUCUCAUGUAUUGAAAAAUGGGCAGCAAUUGCAGAUAUUUGCAGAUGUAUGCAUAACUACAAUGGUGUACUCCAGAUUUGUGCAGCAUUUGUCAACAGCUCCGUAUACCGACUGAAGAAAACCUGGGAGAGAUUAUCAAAACAGACCAAGCAGAUGAUUGAGAAACUGCAAGUCCUUGUGUCUUCUGAAGGAAGGUUCAAAAACAUGCGUGAAGCUCUUCAUAGAUGUGAUCCUCCAUGUAUUCCCUACCUUGGAAUGUACCUUACUGACUUGUCCUUCAUAGAAGAGGGAACACCAAACUUCACUGAAGAUGGCCUGGUCAACUUUUCCAAGAUGCGUAUGAUUGCUCAUGUGAUAAGAGAGAUCAGGCUCUUCCAACAAACAUGGUAUAGAAUAGAACAUCAUCCACGGGUUACAAAUUAUCUACUUGACCCAUUGAACCUACUUGAUGAGGAACAGACUUACAAGGCUUCACUAGACAUAGAGCCCAAACAGUCACGAUUGUCAGUUGUAGCAGCACCACAAUGAAUAGCAUGUGAAACCUGUUGUGUGACUGACACAGAAUUCGAAAUACUGUGAAGAGCAUCGAGGCACCACCAAAUCUCAUCUCAAAUGCUGUGGUUGUCAGCAUACAAAGAACAUCAUGAACUGUUAUGAAGAUGUAACAAAUGUUAUGUUUAGGAUUACAUUUUUUCAAUAAAGUACAAAGUGUCCAGUAGGGACUCAAUGCCCCC